GUUAUUGGGUGUCUUCUAUUCUAUUUCCCGAGGAAAAGAAAGUGCAUUGAAUGCGCUUUGCCGUUAUCCUCUUCUUCUUCAGCACGAUUAGCCUCUCUAGAAGCACCAGCGCUCAGUUCAUGUCGUGAUUCGGAAACCUCAGUCGAAGGAGGCAGUGACGAACUAGUAUCGAGGAAUCUAUGAAAUUCAAGUCGAUUCCGGUUAGGUCUUGGCAUCGGUCUCGAAAUCCUCCGCCACCAGCCGCUCCCCUUCCGCAGAAUGAAGCUAAUGAAGAAUAUGGCUCCGAGAGUGAUGAGCUUAAUGUGUCCUGUGAUCCUCACUGUGAAAAUGGUGAUACUGAUGCCGAGGUUGUUCCAGAUUCUUUCGAGGACAGAAAUGUGCCUCCCAAGAAGCGCUCUUGUUUUGGGACUACCGACACUGGUAAUGGUCCCGAGUGGCUGAACUUAGAUGCUUGUAUCAUAUGUGGAAUCAAGGAUGAGUUAGUAUGGCCUUGUUCUGGGAUUGAGUGCCCUGUUUCGUUUCAUGAGAAGUGUAUGAAUGACGAGCCCGGUAACAAAUAUGCUUUGAAUUCUUAUUGCCCUUAUUGUUGGUUCAAGAUUCAAGUAUCGAGAUCCAGGGCAUUGAGGGAGAAGGCUGUUGCGGCAGAAAAAGCGCUCUUCGAGUAUUUGGAUAAAGAGAUGAAUGGCGCAGGUAAGAAGGUGGAGGCUGUCCCGAAAGCUCAAGAGAAGAAGACAGGUUUAUCUGAUGGCGAAAAUGGGAACCAAGAACAUUCUGAGGGCUGUACCAACAUUGUAAGUGAUCAGCACUUACACCUAGAGAAUGAUAUCUAUCCAUCAAGAGAGGGGGAAACACGAAUGGGGAAGGAUAGAGGUAAAUCAAGAGACAACUACGUGCAAUCAAAUGUGGAUAUCGAGCAAUCAGUAGAUCGGAAUGGUCAGUUAAGAGAGGAUACGAAUCAAUCAAGAGGUCAGCAUUUGCAGUUAGAGGAGGGAAUCAAUCAACCAGGUAAUCGAGAUGUGGAACUGGAAAAAUAUCAGCAAAAAGGUCUCUACAUGGCAGAACGAGAUGUAUGUGAUGUCAACAAAGCAACAGAAGGUAAAGAACAGGUAGAGAUGAAUGAGGAGAAAGCCAGUGACAGGGUCCAAGCCUCUGAAAGUGAAGAAAGAUCAGAGACGGAAAAAUUCCAAGAUGCCGAGGAUGGAAAAGAUGAGGAAACAGCUAAAGCUCAACCUAAUUCAGAUGCAAGAAGAGAGAAAAUUGCAGAUGGUUCACCGUUUGUGUCUGUCCAAGAAUCAUUCUCAAGGAAUGAAUCUGAUCAGGCUGAAUCGAAUACAAGGUGGAACAUGAGGCGGAGAAGAAGGAUGAAGCUAAAUGAAUAUGACAGUGACAUUUCAUCGAAUGAAUCGACCAAUGACCGGAAUGGACAAGAUGUGACCGAGAAGAGCAAUGGUUCAUUCAAGGCUUCGUCCUCCGGACAAGCCAAUUCCCCGAUGGGGAAGGCGAAGAACCAAAAGAGAAAAUCCACCGCACAGCAGAAGGGGGGAGCGUCUUUCGUUAAGAAUGAUAAGAGGAAGAGGCUGUUUUGGAGGCCUGAAGAAGAAGCAAUGCUGAGGGUGGGAGUGGAGACAUUAUCGGGGGAGGUAAACAAGAACAUACCGUGGAGGAAAAUCCUGGAGAUGGGAGCAAAAGUGUUCCACGAGACUCGUACUCCUACCGAUCUCAAGGAAAAAUGGAGAACAAUGAACUCGAAAAAGAUACACCAUUCUUCUUCAACAAGGCAGCAAAACCAAAAGAAAACAACUUAAGUCACGGAUACGGGGAUGGGAUUCUAUUCUAAACCUCAGAAUUGCAGAAGAAAAUGUCAAAAGAGCUAGUGAGUGAAUAUGCAUACCUUAAUAACACAGCUCUCUCCGAUGACACUGUCAGUCACGUCGGCAUCAAGCAUCUUAGACGGAGGCAAGUAACGCGGCUGCGUGUAUAUCGGAGCCGAACGGUCAUAGAAGCUGCGCCAAGGAUUCAAUAUCAUCAUCCGCUUUGCAAUCUCUACACGUGGCUGAUGGAUGGUACGAUAUCACAAAUGGCUUGGCUACACAUUUUUUUAGAAAAAAAAAAAAGAUUUACCACCUGAAAUCAGGAAAUGGCUUUUUAGUUGUUCCGAGAUUUGCGUUGCAAAACGCCUCUAUAUUACCAAUGUCUUCCCAGUAGCCAUCGUAUAGGUAAGCUUGCACCUGCGCACACACGCGACAAAGGUUGUCCUUGAGCAAAACACAAAACCACGUUGUACGGAUUAGAUGAAUGUCUACAUUCACUGCAAC